CUCUGGAGACUCCCAUCAAUACAAGGUUAUCUGAAUUGCAUAUUCACGGACUCUCACAGUUGGACUUUACUUAGAAACCACAGGGGAUAAAGAAGAGGCAAUCUUGGGCUCGUUUUGUAACCACUUGAAUUUUAGGGUUUUAGUCGCCCCAGUCCUUUUUCCGUUUGCCUCGAUUUGUGCCACAAACAGCUGUUUGUGAUGCAAACAGCUAUGCGGAAGGCUUGCAGAAAUGCAAAAAUCUUGAUACUCCCAGAGCAAAGGGAAGGGGGAGCCAGAGAGGUUCAGCAAAGAGGCCGGCCGGCCUUUCUCUAGCAGAGGGAUUGUGCCUGCCGAUUAAAUCGAACUGUGAGACAUGUGACUUGUUCUCUCAGGAAGAGACCAGGGGAGGCAGAGGAGGGGAGGGGGUGAAGAACCCAUGGCUCUGGGCUCUGGGCUGUCUUCACGGCUGACUUCUGAGUUUCAGACCAAAUUCCCAAAUAGUUCUUCGAUGGCAGCCACAGCUGAAUAGCCCCCUCCAUCCCUUUCCACUCUUUCCCCAAUCUUCUGGGCUUUCCCCUGCUCGUGGACCUACGCACAGCUACCCCUUAUUUGGUGGUUCCUCCUGUUUUUCUAGCUCCCGUUAACUGGCAGGCAGCCACUAAGUUAUGCAACCUCUGAAAGCUAAAGCUACCUUCAUCUUGUGUCACCUAUCACCUCCACCACAAUACAGACAUCCGAUUAGUUUUUAGGUUGUACAUGAGUUUAAUUGUUCCAAAUCCAUUCCUGUAUUUUUUUUCCCUAUCUUUUGCCCAGACUCAUGGAGCAUCGUCUCCUGAUACCCUUACCUCUACUCUUCUCUUGCUUUCCAGUCUAGCCCCUCCAUUUUGUCAUCAGUUAUCUUUCUAAAGCACGGACAGGGCCAUUACAAUACCGAACAUACUGCACAUUUUCAGUAAAUAUCAAACAGAUAUUUCUGGCCUAAAGGUCCAUAGAUUCCCGUUGUCCAUGUUAUAAGGUUUGAAUUCCUUAGCAUGACAUUAGACCCAUGGUGAUCUGGACUCACGGCACCUUUCUGAACUUGCCUCCUCUACCACCCUCACUUCCCCCAGGUAUCACGUGCUUCAUCCACAGUGGUCUUAACCAUUCCUAAAUCUGUUCUCACCCUUGUGGAUAUAUUACACUGUUCCUUCUAUAUGAAAUAAUCUUGCUGUCCCGGCAAAAUCCUAGUCACCUUUUAAUGCCCAAUUCAAGUGUCACCUAGGUAAAGCCUUUUCUGACUCCCCAUAUGGAAUUACCCCUGAUCUGUGCUUCCAUUUACUUUGUUCCCUGGAUUGUCUUUAUCACAUGUCCUUGGGUUUGGGUCUGUCUUCCUGUUUAAACUGUGUUCUCCAGUACAAAGUGCCUAUCGUCGUAGUAUCCUCAGGGUGUAGCAUAUUCUGUAAUUGCUCAGCAAAUGUUGAAUUAAUGAAGGACAAAGAGGAAGAAGAAAAACGUGCCGCCGACGGGGUGGUGGGUAGAUGAGACGUUUCUCAGGCGGCUUGGCUCCCCUUCUAUCUGCCUCCCCUGCCACCUCAGGAAGGCCACGCCUGCCGUACUACAACUAGUAAGCUAGACAUCUGAAGACGAACCGGAGAGUGUGAGACGCAGUGUAACGACCCAGCAGUGGCUCUAGGGCCAUGCCUGGACCCGUGGGCCCUGGAAGGCAGCCUUUCCGACUUCUACCGCGUCACUGCGCUACGACCGACCCAUAGGGAAACUGGGACUCGAGACGUUUCUGGAAGCGCGUCAACACCAGGUCUUGCCACGUAGUUAGUGGUCAGUAUGAUGAGAACAGAGAGCAGCAACUGAAGCUUCCAGGCGCCUGCCUCCGCCCACAAGGCAGGUGUCCCUGUAGGUCGCGUCCCGUGUGAGCCACUGCGGCUGAGAUUUGCUGAUGGGGGUCUGACCCCAGGACGUCCCCGUCGUUCACGGGACUAAACGCACACCUGGACUGGCUCAGGUUUCACUCAGUGUAAGGGAAGCCCAGCGCCCAGGUGAGCCUGGGCAGAAGCUCUGUCACAUCCCAGGAGGCAUCUGUCACAAAACCACGCCGACACCCGACCGCCUGGGCGGCGGCGAACGUCCGCGCCUGCGCACUGGCGUCCGGGGCCGGGAAGCGGCGCCUGCGCUGAAGGAGCGCCGCCGCGACCGCGCCUGCGCGGUGCGAAGAAGUCGCCCUGCUGCGCGUCGCCGCCAAGGGCCCGGGUAGAGGCCAUGGAGCCCGCGGCGCCGCCGAGCGACCUGGUGUCGGCGGAGGGCCGGAACCGGAAGGCGGUGCUGUGCCAGCGCUGCGGCUCCCGCGUGCUGCAGCCGGGCACGGCGCUCUUCUCCCGCCGGCAGCUCUGCCUCCCGCCCAUGAGGAAGAAGCCGGCGCUGGCCGACGGCGGCAGCCCUGAGGGCGACCUUCUGCAGGACCACUGGCUGGUGGAGGACAUGUUCACUUUCGAGAACGUGGGCUUCACCAAGGACGUGGGCAACAUCAAGUUCCUGGUCUGCGCAGACUGCGAGAUCGGCCCCAUCGGCUGGCACUGCCUGGACGACAAGAACAGUUUCUAUGUGGCCUUGGAACGGGUUUCCCAUGAGUGACUGAGGGGAGGGGACUCAGCUCCACCCCCACUAUAAAAGCUACUCCCCACAAGGACGGCCGUGUCGCCUUCUCUGCACUAACGUCAGUCAUGGGCGUCAGCUCGCCCCGUCCAGCACGCGUCCACGUGCUUCCUCACGGCCUCAGCGCCGGCCUCCUGCUUAGUUCACAGGCGUUACCGCCUUUGCUCAGCCCCCUUUCCCCCCGGGUUUAGGACACGGGGCGCUUCCACAGAUCUGCUCCCCUCCCGGCCUCCUGCUGUCCUGUACCCUGGGGCUCUCACCCUCCGAGCAGUUAUGCAACCUUUUAGCCGUGAUGACACGUGACGGAUGGUGCUCAUGAGGUGCUGACGGUUGAAACCCGCCUUUUUCUCAUUCAGGAAAGUGCACGGACGUCUGUUGUGUGGCUAACUUUAUUUACAGUAAUUUAUUCUUUCUAAAAGUAAAAACAUUUCCCAACUGCAGUAUUUAAACCACUAAUCAGAAAUACAUUCCUUUGGACAUGCCUCUAAGACCACAUUUAGGGGCCUCUCCUCUAGGCUGACAGCGACUUUAUUGUCAAGGUGGGUGUGGCCACUCUUCCCUUCAAAUCUUGAUGUAGUUUUUCUUUGUAUUAGCUCCGCACUGCUAUAUAUAGCCUGUAAGCCGAAAGUCAGAUUGCCAACCCCAUCUGUCAGCUACCCCGAGGAAAACUCAGCCCUGGCUGUGUUCCCGAGAUCUCCUGGAGUCAGCGGAGAGGGCAGGACGUAGGGGGCGGGCCUUUGCCACAUCAUACAUGACUUCAUUGGUUUGUCUUACGUGGACUCAUACAACUCUCUCUUUGCUCCUAGGACAGACUUCUUAAGUGGAUGGUGGCAUCAUUACGGUAUGCGCUGGGCGUGGUCCUCACAGAUUUCUGAUUCAGUUGGAAUCUCUAGACUAACCCAGAAUACAGACUUUCCAUCCACAUGCCUCUCUUUGUAGCUGUGGGGUUGCUCUGACAGUUUGAUGUUCAGUACGAUUCUCAGUUCUGUCAUUUCUCUUCUGAAACGACUCACCAUCUCAGAAGGAAUCUGUGAAACCAGGUUCCAGGUAUCCUCCCAUCUUCCAUGCCUCUAAGGCUCAGGAGACCUAGAAUGCAAAUGAGGGCUAAGUGGAGACCUUACAGGCAUUCCUUCGGACCUGUUUUCCAGUUGCUUCCUCCCUCCUUCUCCCCAGAACUUGGUCUAAGGACCCCCCAACUAAAGUGUGGGCCUUGGGCACAGUUUUGCCACCAACCUCCUCCCCUAGAAAGGUGGCUUCCGUCCCCAGCCGUAGCCUCACAAACUCUGGUAGAAAAUGAGAGAACUGUUUUCUAGAUGGAUGGUCAGAUGUCCAUGAUUAUGGCAUUUGCAGAAAAACUGUGAGAAUAUCCACUCAGGUCAGAAGGAACAAAACCACGUAGAUGCCUCUGGGGACAUGUGGCCCCUCAUAUCAUGAGCCAAAACCUGGGCAAGGCGUUUUUUAAAUUAGACUUUUACUUUUCUUUCCUUUUUUAAUCACAGAAAUAGCAGAUAAAUACAAAAGUAGGUAUACGGGGAUAUGUGUAUAUGUAUAGCUGAUUCACUUUGUUGUAGGGCAGAAACUAACACACCAUUGUAAAGCAAUUAUACUCCAACAAAGAUGUUAAAAAAAAAAGUAGGUAUACAAAUGUUUUUAAUCAUUCAUAUUUUCACCAUGCAGAGAUUGCCGACGGUAGUGUGGUGUUAUGUUCUUCUCAGUGUUUUUCAGUAUGUACUGUAUAAAUAAACGUAGGGUUUUAAAAACAAAUAUGAGAUCAUGUGGUACUCUGAUAACUUGCUUUUUCCAUUUAACAAAAUACUGACUUGCCACGUAGGUGACGUCCAUCUCCGCCGUUGUACUUCUGUACUGUAAUUUAUUUUACAGUCCACUGUUAGAUUGUCUCCAGCCUCUCCUAAACCAUGUGAUAUAAGGUGCAACCUUGUGGCUGAAUCUGUCCAGGCUUUUCUACUGUUUCCCCGGCUGCGUCAGCAGCAGCGGGCUUGCAGGGUGUGUGCGUCUUCACGGCUCUGCUGACUGACGCGCAAAGCUCGGAACGGCUGUGCAGCUUUACCCUCCUCCCCAGCAGUUCCUAACACUGGGUAUUUAUUAUCUUAAAUGAAUAUGUUGAUACUUUAAUAGUAGGAAAAAUAGCGUCUCAUUGUUUUAAUUUGCAUUUAUUUUAUUUCUCAUGAAAUUUUUAUAUAUUUACUGGUCACUUGCGUUUCGUUUCUUGAGAAUCCCCAAACUUUGUUCCUCCAAUAGCCAAAAAAUCAAGUUGUUAUUCUGCCUUUUCAGCUUGAUUUGAAAGAAAUAAAGGCAUUUAAACAGUGGCAA